AUUGGCCCACAAAGAUCAAUUGCCCUAUAUAUAUAUAACCCUUAAUUAAAGAGAAACCCCUCACUCACAUUUCAUUUUCUAGCCAAAAGAGAGAUGGAGAUCAUGAGAAGGAACUUAGCAAUAGCGAUUGUGAUCAUGAUGGCGAUGGUGAGCAAUGGCGGAUGGAUAUUGGUUGAAGGGCAAACAGGAUCAGGAACCACAUUCAGAGAUUGCUAUGGGGGAUGUUUCAUAUUUUGCGUGAUAAAACCACCACAUUCCGCCUUCGAUUGCUCUUUAGAUUGCCUCAGGGAUUGUUUGCUUCCAUCCAUUCCUCAUAACUCACCCGAUCAUCUCCACGACGAUAGCAACAACAAUAUAAACACACAUCGCUUUUGCAACUUUGGAUGUGCUUCUUCCUUAUGCUCCAACAUCAGCACCCGACAAAAACCUCAGGAGAAGAAGGUGGAAAGCUGUGUGGGCUCUUGUUCAAAGACAUGCAACAAAACCUAUCCGUUGCCUUAAUUACCUAGAAUGUUGUGUGUGUGUGUGUGUUUUAUGUCUUGGAAAAUUAUUAGCAUUAAAUAAUCUGUUAUUUAAUUGAAGAAGAAGAUGUACUUUGUCAUUCAGUUUAUGAAGAUCCUCCUACAUGGAAAAUUAACCAUUCAAUCUAUUAAUAUUCCAAAACCUCAUGAUGGAAAGGUUUUAGUCCUCUUAUUGUUGAUUUUGAUA